AUGGUCCGCAUAAAACACCGCUACCUCCUCUUCAACAUCCUCUAUCCAACACCCACGACCUCGGCCUCCCCUUCCUCUUCCACCGCGCCACCAGACAACGAAAAGGCAUACAUCCACUUCUCACGCCCGAGUCCCUCGCAUCUGAACACAUCACUCCUCCUUUCCCUAAUCCGCUCCAGCAUCACAUUUAAUUUCGGCACAUAUUUCGCCGCACUGACGGCUCCUGCGUUGCGUCUCGUGUACUUCAGCGCCCGCACGUCGACGGGGAUCCUGCGCGUGCCUCGUGCACACGCAAAAGUCGUAUGGGCGAGUUUGACGAUGAUGGACACGAUACCAAUACCAAGUACCAAGGGUGGGCCCAGUGGGUCACCGAUUGGAGAGGAAGUCAAGUGUGUCCUGCAGGUGGUCAGAGUGAGUGGGACGAUAAGGAAGAGUGAAGAGGAAGUGCUACGACGAGCGAGGAGGGAGGUGGCCAGGGCCAGGCGCGAUGUAGAGGAAGAAGAUCAAAGGGUGUUGGACGGACUGGUUGGUGGUGGAAGUCAGCACGUUUCUGAUAGUACCAGAUUCAUGCGUGGAGAAGAAGAGGGGAUCGAAGAUGACGAUGAAGCCGAGGAGGAUGUGGAUUAG